AUGAAGAUUUAUCCCUCGUUCUCUAUUAAUCCUGCUGGUUUCAAUAAAUAUGACAUGGACGUCCCAUCUCUUCUCCAUGUUCUUGCCUGGAGUUCUCUGGUUGAAGACAUGAGGUUCAACUAUUGUCCUGAAGUUGUUCGCAAAUUCUAUGUCAACAUCAAGUGUGGUCAUGGAUGUAAUCCAUCCUUCUUUACCACAAUUGUGUUUGACUAUGAGAUCAAGGUCACCCCGCAGCUUCUGACAACUCUUCUUGACAUCCCUCAUUCUGGGUUUCUGGCUGGAACGGAUGGGGAAUUCACAGAUCGUGGGUUCUCCUUUACUGCUGCUCUAAAAACUCUCACCCGGGAUAUAGGUCGAUUUUAUCCCACUCAACUCGCAGUUGGGCGUCUCCAUGACGAUCUGAAAGUCCUCCAUUUCUUCAUUACUCGAUGCUUUCUGCCUCGAGACCUUUCAAGUACUGAUGUACUGCACUCCUCGGAUCUCUACAUCCUGUCGAAUGCUAGAGCUGGUCGCCAAAUCAGUUAUGCAUCCCUCAUGUUUCACCACAUGAUUAAGUACGGUAUGGAGUACUUUAGUGGUCCUCUGCCGUUUGGCCCACAGAUCACUAAGCUCCUGUACAAGCUAGGGAUCGAUAUUCGUGACAAGAUCACUCUUUGCAAUGUUCUGGAGGACCUGUGUCCUUAG